AUGGAUCAGUUGAUCAAAGAAUGGGGAUCUAAAGUAGCUUCACAACAAUUAGUUACUCACGAUACGAUAACAGCUUCACCUUUAAAUCUUCUGGCGAAUGCAUUGGAUGAACCGACGGUGGCGUACAAGUAUGAGCAGUUGCCCAGUGACGGGACCAUUGUACCAGCGACGUGGCAUCAUAUUUACUUUCCUCCUCGUACAGUGACCUUGGCUCAUGAUGGAUAUGAAACUGACUUUUUUCCUCCUGCUCCUUUUACUCAACGCAUGUGGGCCGGUGCGACAUUGACCUGGUAUACUCCUUUAUCCGUAGGCGAUGAGGUUACUAUGGUGACCUCGAUGGACCGAUAUGAAUUUCGACCAGCUAGUCGACUUGGGGAUGCUGUGUUUGUGUACCUGAACAAGGAUAUUUAUCGCGGUGAUCAAAAGAUGAUACGUGAACAACGAUGUUUGGUUUAUGCUACAGAACAAACACAUCAAGUUUCAAUGAAAUCUAUUAAAAUGAAGAAAUUGCCUGAUGUAUCCAAACAAAUCAUCCCAAGUUCUAUUCAACUAUUUCAAUAUUCCGCCCUAACGUUCAAUGCUCAUCGAAUUCAUUAUGAUCAAGAUUACACAAAAAACAUGGAACAUCAUCCAGCAUGUUUGGUCCACGGCCCUUUAAGUAGUACAUGGAUGAUCAGCUUACUAAGGACAUAUCUUGCUUCCGAAUAUCAUGUUGACCUUGAUUCUGUCAUUCAAUCCUUUGAUUAUCGAUGCCUUACGCCUUUGUAUGUAAAUCAACCUUUGACUAUCUGUGGAAAACAAAUAUCAAAUCGUCAUUUUGAACUUUGGAUUCUUGGCCCUACUCAACAAUUAGCUGUCAAAGGAACAGUGACUUUGAACAUCAUGGAGAAUACAAAGGAUUAG